AUUUAUAGGUUAUGUAACUCAAUCCUAUAACUCCAUAUCUUAUUAUUAUAUUUGAACGGUUUGUAGCAAAAUAAAAUUCAUAUAUCUUAUUUACAGUCUUUAUGUUAUGUUUGAAGUCCAUUUUUAAUUGAAUCAAUAUAAUAACUGUAUAUUUGUUUGGCUAUGUAAUGCUCCAAAAACCAUUUGUCAAUCAAUCCUAUAACUUUUGGUCAAAAUUUAAUAUACUCUCUAAUGCUUUUAAUAGAUGAUGUUUUGGAAAAUUUUAUUUGUAUUAAAUUAGACGACGUUUUAAAUUUUAAUGCAUUUUUUUUGUAACCUUACAUGUUAUAUACCUUUUAUUUCCUACAGUUUGUUAUUAAUGAGUUAAAAUUUGGUUAGGUGGAUAGUUAAUAAUGUUUUGAAUUAUAAAAAAAUGUAUUAAGAAUAUUUUUUUAAUUUGUGUGCGCAAGUAUAAAACAUCAACUAAUAAAAAAUGGAGGGAGUAGCUUUAUUGAUUUUAUUUCUAUAAUUUAAUUUGACUAAAUUAAGUACCGUUACUUUAUUAAUCUAUAAAUAGAGUUUCACAAUUAAAUGAAGACCAUUCAUAUUAUCUUCAAUCUCUAAAACGGUAUGGAGAAAAUAUCAAUGAAACUUGCAUUCUUUAUCUUCAUAGCUAUUAGCUCCGGUAAAUAUUUAUAUUACAUAUAUUCCAUGCGUAAGAUGUUUUAUAAUACUGUAUUAUUGUUAACAUAUCUUUCUUAUGGUUUUUUAGUGAUGAGUAUCACAGAAACUGGAGCAAACCGGUUACUACAAGAAGAAGCUUCUCAAACUGUAUUGUUGCACCAUGAAGCUUCUUCGCAGGAGGCUAUCAACCCAAACAAAAUUCACUGCAAGAAAGGGUGUCAUAUUGAAUGUGUUCCCAAUCCAUUCAUUGUUGAAUGUUUUUGUCAAUGUUAAUUUUAAAUCGUUUAUUAUGAUAUCUAACGUCCAAAUAAGAUUUAUUUACGAUCAGUAAGAUGAUAUUUUAUCACUA